AAAAAAUUGAAAAAAUCGUCGCUCUCUCACUCACACUUUCCCUCCCCACACACAAACCCAAUAUCCACUCUCUCACACUCCCAUCUUUGUAGUCUCCGACCACGACCACCCACCAAAACGGGGGCGUUUUGACCCUAAUUCCGGUGAACCCACCACCCCAUGUCUUCUCUGCAAUGACCCGGACCGGACUCUCCCGGACUCGGUCCUCCGAGGAAGCCACAGCCGAGCCCACCACCAUGAGAGUUAUAGUGCCUCUACAAGGCGUGGUUCAAGGCAGAGGUGGCCUUGUUCUGGGUUCGGUGAUACCAUGCGCGCUCUUCUACUUUCUUCAGCUGUAUCUGAGACGACGAAACCGUUCGGCGCCGAUCCCUCCGCCAGCGCCGGAGGAUCAAUUACCGGAGGUGGCUGUGCUGUCGAGGUCCCUGUCUCGGACCCAUCUCUCGCCGAGGGGUUCGGGCGGACCAACGUACGUGUCGGGUCGGGCGAGCUUGGUGGCGAAAAGUGGAGACUCGCCGUGCGACGUCGGGUUGAGGAAGGUCUCAGAGGAUCCGUAUGACGAGUUGCGCAACCCCGAUGGCGUUAUUCAGCUUGGCUUAGCUGAAAACAAAUUAUCGUUGGACUUGGUUCGAGAUUGGAUGGUGGAGAAUGCGAGGGAUGCGAUAUUGGGUGGAGGAAGAAGUGGUGGGGAGCCGAGUAUCGGUGGGAUUGCAAGUUACCAGCCUUUUGACGGUUUGAUGGAGCUGAAAGUGGCAGUGGCAGGGUUCAUGUCUCAAGUCAUGGAUAAGUCAGUUUCCUUCAACUCCUCACAAAUUAUAUUAACCACCGGCGCAACCCCUGCAAUUGAAAUGCUUAGCUUCUGCCUAGCAGACACUGGAAAUGCAUUUCUUGUUCCCACACCAUAUUACCCUUGUUUUGACAGGGAUGUGAAAUGGCGAACUGGGGUGGAGAUAAUACCCGUUCCCUGCCGUAGUGCUGACAACUUCAGCUUAAGUAUAACGGCUCUUGAUCGAGCAUUCAACCAGGCCAAGAAACGCGGUAUAAAAGUUCGUGGGAUUAUUAUAUCAAACCCCUCAAAUCCAGUGGGCAAUCUGCUUGAUCGGGAAACGCUAUACAGCCUUCUAGACUUUGCCAGAGAGAAGAACAUACAUAUUGUCUCAAAUGAAAUAUUUGCAGGAUCAACUCAUGGAAAGGAAGAGUUUGUGAGCAUGGCGGAAAUCAUCAAUUCGGAAGAUUUAGACAGGAACAGGGUUCACAUAGUAUAUGGUCUAUCAAAAGACCUCUCUCUUCCAGGUUUUGGGGUGGGCAUAAUCUACUCCUUCAAUGAGAAUGUCCUGGCUGCUGCAAAAAAGUUGACUAGGUUCUCUUCUAUUUCGGCCCCAUCCCAGCGUUUACUUAUCUCUAUGCUUUCGGAUACAAAAUUUAUUCAACAGUUCAUUGGUAUCAACAGAGAGAGGCUUCGAGGAAUGCACAUAAAGUUUGUGGCCGGGUUAAAGCAAUUGGGAAUAGAGUGCAUAAAGAGCAACGGGGGCUUCUGCUGUUGGGUUGACAUGCGUGCGUUAAUCCGGUCUUACAGUGAGAAAGGGGAGCUUGAGCUCUGGGAUAAAUUGUUGAAAAUAGCUAAAGUAAAUGUAACUCCGGGAUCUUGUUGUCACUGUAUUGAACCUGGAUGGUUUCGGUUCUGUUUCACUACAUUGGCCCAAAAAGAUAUUCCUGUUGUUAUGGAACGAAUUCGGAAAAUUUCCGAAAUCUGUAAAUCUCAUAGUUGAAAUGUUGUUGCUUCA